CGCAAGAACAUAUCGACGAGGAAGGCCAUACUUCACACGACAUGACGAUGCCUUCAAGCCCGCCUCCCUAUGCCAGGCCGAAUUGGCAGCGCAUAUCUACCGGCACGUUUGAAGACUCGAGCCACGACUUCUCCGACAUCCGGCCCGCAAACCAAGUCAAAGAGUUUUCGUCGGAACUACGAGAUGACCUCAGUAGACAAGAGGAUUCAACGUCCGAGCGCAGCGUGCCCGCCCAUGACAGCACAGCCAAAGACCAAAACGAGACGUCCUUUACGUCGCUGGCCGCCAAACAACGUUUCGACGCGUCACGGAAGAUUAGUGGAAAGAGCGAUGUCCGAAACGAGGAUUUCAGUCCUAUAUUGCUUACCUUGCGUAGCAAAGAGGAUGGUAAAGUCAGCUUCGCGCCCAUUGAACUUUCUGCGGACUCGUUGCGUAAGCGUCUGGAUGAACUGCGCCAAAGCCAACAGCCGAGCAUCAUUGUACAGAAUGCACAGGAGUCAAACACACCUCAAGAUGGCCGCGACACAACACAGGACUAUGCCCGCCAAGGAGCAUUUCUCAACUUUAAGAGAGGUGGCCGCUCUACUGAGGGAUCUUUUCGGUGGCGUCCGUUGAGUCCGCCUCUGCCCACGGAUACCUCGGAGAUGCUUCCGGAAUCGUCGCUGCAAGCUAGUACGCCCAAACAGUUCCCCGGUACCAUUAGGACGACCGCACCGACGGAUUCAUCAGAGCACUCAGCCUCCUUGAG